AUGUCAGCUAUAUGCAGAGAGGCAGAGUCCGUGAGUUCUCGUACGCAGCUCUACAAUGGUCUUCAAAGAGUGGCCAAACUUCCUACGGAAACAAACCUUAGUACAGCCAUUGCAGCAGUUGAGGCAUCCCUGAGUAUUGCUGCAAAGGCCAUUAUUUGCAUCACCAAAACUGGAGAAUCGGGUCGGAUGCUUUCGUGGCACAGACCACGUUGCCCAAUCUUAUGUGUAACACGAGAUCCUGUUGCUGCAAGGCAACUUAAUCUCUUCUGGGGAUGUAUUCCAAUUCUCUAUGAAGGCAAAGGGGCUGAUCCCUGGUCGGAAGAUGUGAAUCUUCGCAUCGAGUAUGGCAUUAAUUAUGGCCUUCAAAUUGGUCUGUUAGGUGAUAAUGAUCGUGUCGUUGUAGUAACAGGUUGGAGAAGUGAACCGGGUCACACAAACACUGUCCGCAUUAUUCAACUUGGUUCAUCUGAAAAUCACGAAGUAAUCGGCUUACCCGAACUAAAGCGCCUUAAGUACUAG